AUGAAAGUAUUCAGCAGCAGACCAAACUCAGAACCCAGCUGUCUGUCUUUAAAGAGCGACAAGUCGAAGGGCUGGUCUAUUGAUUUUAAAGGACAAUUGGACCAGGAGAGCUCAGAGGUUCCCAGUGGUCAGUCUGCCCAGCAGCAUAAAACACGCCUGGACUCCAUAUUUAUGCUGCUGGAGGAGAACAUGGUCACUUAUGUAAAGAACGAGCUGAAGAAGAUCCAGAAGUUUCUGAGUCCAGAUUUCCCAGAAUGCUCAGAAAGUCAGAUAGCGGAUGGGGAGAAGUUGGCUGGUGAGGAUGAAGAGCAGAAGAGGAGCAGCAGAGAGGCAUUUAUGAAGAUCACAGUGAACGUUCUGAGGAGAAUGAAGCAGGAGGAGCUGGCUGACUGUCUGCAGAGCAGACAUACUGCAGCAGUUUGCAGACAUAAACUCAAAUCUAACCUGAAGAAGAAGUUCCAGCGUGUGUUUGAGGGGAUCGCUAAAGCAGGAAACCCAACCCUUCUGAAUCAGAUCUACACAGAGCUCGACAUAACAGAGGGAGGGACUGGAGAGGUGAAUUAUGAACAUGAGGUUAGACAGAUUGAAACAGCAUCCAGGAAACCAGUCAGACCAGAAACAACCAUUAGACAAGAAGACAUCUUUAAAGCCUCACCUGGAAGAGAUGAAUCAGUCAGAACAGUGAUGACAAAGGGAGUGGCUGGCAUUGGGAAAACAGUCUUAACACAGAAGUUCACUCUGGACUGGGCUGAAGACAAAGCCAACCAGGACAUACAGUUCACAUUUCCAUUCACCUUCAGAGAGCUGAAUAUACUGAAAGAGAAAAAGUUCAGCUUGGUGGAACUUGUUCAUCACUUCUUUACUGAAACCAAAGAAGCAGGAAUCUGCAGGUUUGAACAGUUCCAGGUUGUGUUCAUCUUUGACGGUCUGGAUGAGUGUCGACUUCCUCUGGACUUCCACAACACUGAGAUCCUGACUGAUGUUACAGAGUCCACCUCAGUGGACGUACUGCUGACAAACCUCAUCAGGGGAAACCUGCUUCCUUCUGCUUGCCUCUGGAUAACCACACGACCUGCAGCAGCCAAUCAGAUCCCUCCUGAGUGUAUUGACAUGGUGACAGAGGUAAGAGGGUUCACUGACCCACAGAAAAAGGAAUACUUCAGGAAGAGGUUCAGUGAGAAGAAGCAGACCAGCAGGAUCAUCUCCCAUAUCAAGACAUCACGAAGCCUCCACAUCAUGUGCCACAUCCCAGUCUUCUGCUGGAUCACUGCUACAGUUCUGGAGGAGGUGUUGAAAACCAGAAGGAGAGGAGAGCUGCCCAAGACCCUGACUGAGAUGUACAUCCACUUCCUGGUGGUUCAGUCCAAACUGAAGAACGUCAAGUAUGAUGGAGGAGCUGAGACAGAUCCACACUGGAGUCCAGAGACCAGGAAGAUGAUUGAGUCUCUGGGAAAACUGGCUUUUGAGCAGCUGCAGAAAGGAAACCUGAUCUUCUAUGAAUCAGACCUGACAGAGUGUGGCAUCGAUAUCAGAGCAGCCUCAGUGUACUCAGGAGUGUUCACACAGAUCUUUAAAGAGGAGAGUGGGCUGUACCAGGACAAGGUGUUCUGCUUUGUCCAUCUGAGUGUUCAGGAGUUUCUGGCUGCUCUUCAUGCCCAUCUGACCUUCAUCAACUCUGGAGUCAAUCUGCUGUCAGAAAAUAAAUCAACCUCUGAGUCUGAAUCAAGAAAGCACAAAUCUGCAGAGAGAUGUUUCUACCAGAGUGCUGUGGACAAGGCCUUAAAGAGUCCAAAUGGACAACUGGACUUGUUCCUGCGUUUCCUCCUGGGUCUUUCACUACAGACCAAUCAGACUCUCCUAAAAGGUCUCCUGACACAGACAGGAAAUAGUUCACAGACCAAUCAGUUAACAGUUCAGUACAUCAGGAAGAAGAUUGAAGAGACUCCCUCUGUAGAGAAAAGCAUCAACCUGUUCCAUUGUCUGAGUGAACUGAAUGAUCGUUCUCUAGUGAAGCAGAUCCAACAGUCCCUGAGAUCAGGACAUCUCUCCACAAAUAAACUGUCUCCUGCUCAAUGGUCAGCUCUGGUCUUCAUCUUACUGUCAUCAGAAAAAGAGUUGGAUGUGUUUGACUUGAAGAAAUACUCUGCUUCAGAGGAGGCUCUUCUGAGGCUGUUGCCAGUGGUCAAAGCCUCCAAGAAAGCUCUACUGAGUGGCUGUAACCUCUCAGAGAGAAGCUGUGAAGCUCUGUCAUCAGUUCUCAGCUCCCAGUCCUCUAGUCUGAGAGACCUGGACCUGAGUAACAACAACCUGCAGGAUUCAGGAGUGAAGUUGUUGUCAGCUGGGCUGGAGAGUCCAAACUGUACACUGGAAACUCUCAGUCUGUCAGGCUGUCUGGUCACAGAGCAAGGCUGUGCUUCUCUGGCCUCAGCUCUGACUUCCAACCCUUCCCAUCUGAGAGAGCUGGACCUGAGCUUCAAUCAUCCAGGAGAAUCUGGAGUGAAGCUGCUGUCUCCUGGACUGGAGGAUCCACACUGGAGACUGAAGACUCUGAGGGUGGAGCCUGAUGGAGUCCGAUGGUUAACACCAGGUCUGAAGAAGUAUUCAUGUGAACUCACACUUGACACCAACACAGUGAACACAAAGAUCAAACUGUCUGACAACAACAGGACGAUGACACAUGUGGAGGAGGAUCAGUCAUAUCCUGAACAUCCAGACAGAUUUGACCAGUCUACUCAGCUGUUGUGUAGAACUGGUCUGACUGGUCGCUGUUACUGGGAGGUCGAAUGUAGAGGAGGGGUUUACAUAUCAGUGAGUUACAAAGGAAUUAGAAGGAGAGGAAACACAGACGACUGCAGGUUUGGAAGGAACGAUCAGUCCUGGAGUCUGUUCUGCUCUGAUGGUGGUUACUAUGUCUGGCACGAUAAGAGAGGAACAUCCAUCUCCUCCUCCUCCCCCUCUGACUCUAACAGAGUAGCAGUGUAUGUGGACUGUCCUGCUGGCACUCUGUCCUUCUACAGAGUCUCCUCUGACUCACUGAUCCACUUCCACACCUUCAACACCACAUUCACUGAACCUCUGUAUCCUGGGUUUGAGUUCUGGUCCUGGCCUGGUUCCUCAGUGUCUCUGUGUUUAGUGUAG